GCAAGCUAGGAAUUGCUUUCACUGAAGCGGUCCGUUUUAAGCAGAUUUUCAGAAAUAGGCCUACAAAAGUACAAAUAUAGAUAUGUUAAUUUUGAAUAUUUGCGCGAUAUAAACGUGGUUCAGCAGAUUAUGCGUAAUUGUAGUGACAUAAUUGACAAGCCUUUGGUGUGGCAGGAAGUCAACUGUCUGUACCAUAAUUUCAAGGCACAGAUUUACAGUAUGUGAUCAGGAGUGGAAAAAAAUAAGCUGCAUUUAAUGGAUACAAUUAAACAAUUCUCAACAAACAAUGCCCUGAAUUCUCGCAGAAGUAUACAUUGUAAAUUGUACAGGUCCCGCUCUUUGAAGGCACGCGUCAGGGGGUUCGCAUAUCGUAUUGGUCUUUGUGACUGGAAAACAAAAUCAGUCAUUGGACGUUUCAGCCAUGGAUGGUGUGUUGGAGGGAGCAGCUGUGGUGUGCGUGUGUAAACUGGCCUGCAGUCUUCUCUUCCUGCCCAUGGUCACUGCUUCUCUCAGUGCAGUCAGCUUCUGCUGCAACUGCCUGCUGCUCUUCACAGACCUCGUAGUCACAACCUUCCUGGUUGUCCUCUGGUUUACAGAGCCCUGGCUACCUCAAUUUUCCAUGUCCACUGAUGUCAUCGCCCUGUGCUUCCUGCUCUUCCUCAGCUACAUCUACUGGGCAGUGCUGCUGAUGACCACACCUCUGGUUGCUGUGGAGACCGCCAUGUGGUUGCAGUGGCCCCAAGUCUGUGGUGGCGGAGCAGUGGAUGGAGACGUGGACAAACAGAGUAAAAAUCCUGCAUCUCACGACGGUGUGACACUGGAGGUAGAGAACUGGCAGAGCAGGGACACAGACACCCAGAGAGGAGGGAGAGAGGACCAGGACCAGGGAAGUUGUCUGUCCCACAUCCUUGGCUUCUUCUGCUGUCUGCUGGUGUGGGCUGUCUGUGGCAUCUGUGGGGGUCAGGGCUGGAGACUGGAGGUGCUGUGGGUGGAGGUCUGCCUGGAGAGGACCAGCUCCCUCACUCUGUGUCUCCCUAGCCUCCCCAACACCGUCCUGCUUGCUCUGGGUGAGCCCAGCUGGGGCUUGGCCACUGUGACCUUGGCUCUCCUGCUGGUGCUGACGGUGGGCUGGGGCUUUCUCAGACGACACCUGGCCCACACAGAGACGGACCCACAACCACACAGACACACAAGGAGGAACAUGGUACUGACAUUCAACUGCCCGUUCAAACACUCCCUGCACCACGCACGGCUAUGAAACCUGUGAUGUCAGUGGCGUCAGCCCCACGGUUUGUUGACACAGAGACAACAUGGUCCAGAUGCUCCGUUCACAGCCCAUGUUCUGGGAACAACAUGCAGCUGUCACUGGGUCACCAUGGAAAUGCUGUCCUCUUAUCCCUGGAGUUUUUGUCAGCAGACAGACUAGAGGGACACAAAAAGAAAAAAGGACUAGGAGACAUACCUCUCACUGGUAUUGUGGAGGAACACACAGACAGAAGCCAGCAUGGGCUCGGGCGAUUUCCCUGCCUGGGGGUGAAUAUAAUGACAGGGUUAAUGUGUCUGCUCACUGUCUGUGUGUUACCUCUAAACCUCAGUGUGAAUAUCCUACUAAUCAGGCAUACAGAGACAAUGCUGGAGUGGAGUUUGAAGAUCUUAAUGUAGUUGAUAACGUAAAUUCAAUCAUUAAGGUCUGAAAGGCUUGCUCACUUUAUCUUCAUCCACGAAGCAUAAUAUAUCAUAUUGUUUCUUCUCUAUGGGAUAGUUGGUAGCUAUUUUCAAACUAUUUUCUCCCAGCAGGAGGGUCUCGAUGCAAGUUGCAACAUCUCACACAACCAUUACUGCUGUAAAAGGACUGAAAAUGCCCUUCAGAGGCUACGUUAAUUCCAAUAAUCAUCUGAAUAAUUAGCUUCUGUUCAGACUGUGCCUUUGUUCAAACUAUAAGAGCAUGCUGAUUACGCUCAACAAAAUAUUAUCAUUGUGAGCAGAGUUCCAUUCGUCAUCUUUCUCAAGGUCACUGUGUUUACGUACUCCCUGAUCUAAACUCUGGCCAACACUAUCUGGUCUACUAAUAAUGUCUAUGGCAUAAUUUUGAGUGAAGGCGCUCUCUCCAGCUCAGUCACUACAGUUAUGGUACCUGUGAGAGAACAGCCCAACUUUAUCCUUCGCAUCCCCAUUCCCUAGUAGGGGACAGUGACACACAACACUCCCACCUGAGCCACGUUACUUAUAUGGUGAGGGUUUCAUAACGAGGAUCUCCCCCUGGGAAAAUAUCUUUCAGUUUAAAUGGACAACUUCCCCUGAUGUGAAGUUAGAUUCAUUACAGGAGUGUAACUGAAGGUAGAAAACAGAAAUAUAGAUGAAAAUGUUACUGAGAUGUCCUGGUGGUCUGACUGACAUGAACAAAGGCUCUCUGUUGUUGACUGCUCCGUUGCCAGGUCCACAGUUCGCCUGUAAUAAUGAUGCAACUGGUAUCAACCUGCCCCAAAAUAGCAUGAAUAAUUAUGCAUGAGGCCAUCAAACUACAAGCAGCUCUGCCAUCAUAAAGUGGCCUCCAACAACAGCAUUGAUGUCAAAUAUCUGGCUAACCGUUGCUUCUUACUUCCGAUGUUCACUUUAAACAGUUUUAUAAAAAAAUAUAAAUCAAAUCUCCCUUUUUUUAGAAGGCAUUCUGAGAUCUCCAGGCGUUCUCCCCAGAUACAGGGGACAGACAGCAGACAGGGAGACAGUGCGUGAGGGAUAAUUCCUGGGCAGACAACACAGUAAGGCUCUUCCGUGCGGUGAGGUUGUAUUGUGUUCAGAUUAGACAGUGUGAUCCAUCACGGGGUUACUCGCAGAUUUCUAUUCAUCUAGUUGAGAAAUGCCUCAGCAUGUGAACGAGAGGAACAGAGAACAAAGGGAGUACAUUGCCUCCCCGACACGGCAAGCCAGAGACUUUCACAGGGCUGGGAGUUGGCACAUCUCAGCUGAAAUAUGCACCUUGACACAGAAUGUAUGUUAACAAGCAUUUGCUUGCACAGGCAAUUUCUCUCAUACUGAUAUCUUAUAGCUGCUCUCUAGUGGAGUUCUGUUAGACAUUCUGUGUAAGCAUUUCACUUGCAUAUUGUCAAAGGACUCAACAAAUGUAUUAGAGCUUCAUGUUAAUGUACCAGUAUGUGUGUCAGUGUGUUUCUAAAGGACAAAGUCAAUGAGACGUUGGUUUUACCUGUCUUUAAUUGUACAUGAAAACAUUUGUCAUGGACCUCUAGCAGCAGAAGCACACCAGAGUAUGUUUGCACAACGAUGGGUGCACAGCGGCCAUCAUCCAAAAGACACA